GGAAGGGUAAUUUUACCCCUGUGUAAAAAUAGGAAAUAUUUUCUUGAAUGAAGAUGUUCUGGUUUUCAUUUUUGUCCAUAUUUAAUUUCUGUAUAUCUUUGAAUAAAGUGAUGAAUUCUCUAAUCAGAUAAAGACAUUUAGUGAACAUCAUAAAUGGCCACUAACUAACUAACAAACUGCCAUGCCUCUGUUUUAGCCUAAUCCUCAGCCCGCCUCCUUCACUAUAAUCUGAUUAGCAGUAGUGUCUGCCAGCAUGUGUCUGUGUGUGUCCAUUUGUAUCUCUGUGUGCUGUAACUGUACAUUUGUGUGACUUAAGGCAACGAGGAUAAGCAGCAGAUACUGAAACACAAACACAGUUUUGGACUGUUCGAUUUCCUGACUCGUUGGCUCAGUAAUGGUCACCAGCUCUACCCACAAUGCCUGUGUUUUAUUCACCUGUUCCAGAGAACCUGCAGAUGGGUCUUGCCUAUAUGGGAGGCUCUGUGUUCACCAACAACAGGACAGCAGACAGCGACUUCACCAGGGAGCAAGAGGAUGCAUCUGUGGUCAAUGAGCUGGUUUCUCACCUUCCCCUGCAGAUGCUGCUGUACUUCAACAUGUUUUAUUUUCCUUGUUGGUGGUUCUCAGCUGCAUUCAUGCUGGAAGUAAAGUUCUAUCAUCUGGCGGGGUACUACCAGGCUCUGCUUAUAACUGGAAUGGUGCUUCUCACAGUCAUUGAAGUGGUCCGACUUUAUUUGGGCUAUAUUGGCAACCUUAAAGAAAAGGUGCCAGAGUUGGCAGCCUUCUGGCUCCUGUCUUUCAUCUUCCAGCUGCCAGUGCUGCUGUUCUUCCUGACUGAUGAAGGAAUUAUCAUCCUGCCUCUGGAGAGAGCCGUCCACUCCCUGUACCUUGUCUUCCUCCUUGCCCAGAUCCUGACCUCUUUCCUGGCGCUCAGGACCAUGACCCGAAAGCUCACCCUCCUCUUCCAUCUGCGUCAGUUUGGCAAGGUGGAGAGCUUCCGACAUGCGGGGAUGAGCCCUGUCUACGGGUUGCCCUAUCAUCGGAGCGUGCUGCCCAUGUCUCCAACCCAUGAUAUGUACCAUUAAAAGUAAAAAAAUCCAUCCUCAAUUAAGUUUUCUCUUUUAAAUAUUCUCAGUUUGGGAUGGCCCAAGCAUUCCUUUUUACAGUACUUUUGUUUACUUACUGUUCCUAGGGCUACUCUGUGUGCUCCAAAGUUUCCCAGAAUGUCUUUCAACUGGCAGUGAAUGAAUGUAAGCUUGUUAAUCUUGAUUAACUGCUUUCACUAUGAGCAUCAGUACAGUACAGCUAUCCAACUCUAUAUUGUGACUGAGGCCACUGUUGGUGCAGAAAUAUGUGCGUGCCAAAUCUUCCUAUAUGAUGUCUAAUCACUAUUAUAAAGUGACAGCUCUUGAACUAUUCCCCUACCAUUUGAUUAUAUAAAAAAAGAUAGAUCCUGACAUUUGCUGUUGUUGUUUUAAAAAGAUGAAAACAUCAUUUUAGCCCCACUCUAAA